UUCCCUAGGAAGGAGAUGAUAAAAACAAAAUAUCUUUGUCGUCGAGAUAUGUAGGACAUGGUCAAACAAGGCUUCGUAUGAAUAUUGACGAAUGCAUUUCACAUCUAUCAGAAGUGAUGAAGGGCAGAAACAUGUGUGGGAAGAAAAAGAAGAAAGAAAGUUCAUCAGAGAUGAAACCAAGAUUGAUUACAAAUUCAGAUAUGAUAAUAUUUCUAUAUGAUUGUUGAUGGACAACAUGCAUUAGGAGUAUUUUGUUUGUGCUUCCCAGGUUGCUGCUGCACUCCUGCAACCCAAUUGUCUAUGAAUUCUGAACUUCAGUUCUCUUUUUUGGAUGAAUAAAGUACAUGUAACUUUAGCUCCAGCAGUGGAUUCAGAGGCCAACAAGAAGAAGAAGAAGAUACCCAGUGUAGUCCCACAAGGUGGGUCUAGAGAGGGUAGAGUGCACGCAGAUCGUACACUGUAAUCCCCUCCCCUAUUUCCCCUUCCCCUACCCGCAUUUCUUUUUAAGAGAAAAAACUAUAUGUAUAAUCGAUCUUGCUUUUGCGAUUUGCCAGAAACUCAGACAAAGAUGGCAAGACCAGUGUGGUCGUGACGGCCCUAGAGGGAGUCAUAAGUGUGAACUCACUCUUCUCCGUUGCCAUCUUUGUGGGACUAGUUUUUGCAACUCCAGGCCAAAAGAGCAUCACCAGUAAAAAUCAUUGUCAGCCCGGGGUUCUAACAGUAAAACAAUUAGUAAUCUUCGAGGUGCUUGCAUUCAGUUUCUUUCUCUUCUCAUCACUAGUGGCACAGGCCAUCAAACUCUCCCUCUAUCUCCUCAAUACGGAAGGUUUGCCCGAUAGUUUCAGGGCUUUUGUCAAUGGAAAAGUCCUUAGACGAGGAAUGUUGAUGACAGCCAUCUCCUCCUUUAUGGGGUGCUUGUUUCUCAUGGUUUCUAUGAAGAAUGUGAUUGAGAUCAAGACUGGCAUGAUAUUCUGUGGGGCUAAAUCUACUAUUAUAUCGGUUAAUUUCCUCAUAGUCAUGGUUUCUUCUGGUAUUUUUUACUAUCUUUCUGCUGCAUGGUAUACAUUUACCAAGACAAACCUCCCCUAUGAAAAUAGGACUGUAACAACUGUGUGAUAGUUAUAUCAAAUCCUAUUUUGUUUUCUAAUAACAGCAGUGUCUGAUCUGGAUUAGUUCGUGUGCCCUUCAACUAGUCUAUCAGACAUUUGCUACCGCCCACUGUCCCACAAACACAGCUACUCAACUAGAGAUUACAGGAGCUUCAUCCCUAUCUUGUUUUCCAUCUUUGGUCGGGUAGGCCAAAUCUACGGCUAUGUCACAGACCCUUUGUAACCGGACCUAUUAUUUCAGUCUUUUCGAAUUGUUUGGGUGAUGGACAGGAAAGCCCAUACUGGAAAAUCAUAUGGAAGAUUUUCCUAGUUGUCUAAGAUAUGUAAUAUAGCAGCAGUAUAUAGUUAAUUUAUCGUUGUUUUGGCAUCAUACUGCUGUUAUCUUUUCUUUCAUGCAAUCAGGUAUUGUUAAUAAACAAGACGCUAAACUAAGAAAUGUGGACGGAGAAUAGAGAUAUAGAAUAAUAUGUUUCAGCAGGAAUGAGCAGAUUUCUAGGACAUUUCAUAUCAAUAAUACUCCAGUAUUGUUCAAGGAUUGAACCAUUAACACCUUAUAUUAUAAAUUUCCCACGUCUCAACACAAAAUUAUCUUUUAAAAAGAGUCAUAUGACUCGAAGAAUAUUUGUAAAGUACCAUUCAACUCAUAAAUAAUGAUAGAUAUAUAGACAUAAGCCUUCACAUAGACUAAAACAGAAGAGAAAUGCAGAUCUCUUCCCUUUACUUUAGAAUAUUAUCUUUAAUUGCAACUCACUCUAUUCCACUUCUAUCAGAGCCUUUUUCAACUAUGCAAAUUAGUCCAAAUACAAAAAUGAACAGUUCAAACAAAUUUAUCUUUCUCUCUCCAUGCAAAUCAUGCACUAAAAUACUUUACCUCCAAAUCAAGGAUACACAUGUAUAAGACCUCAAAGUUGAACAAUUUAGCUAAGCAACAUUCCUAGACAGCAAAUACAUAACUAUUCAUUUCAGUUUUGGAGUUUAGCCAUGGCACCUCCAGGAGACUCAGACAGCAGUGGCAAGAAGAGUGUGGUCGUGACAGCCCUAGACGGAGUCAUAAAUGUGAACGCGCUCUUUACCAUUGCCAUCUUUGUGGGACUAUCUCUAGCAUCUCCAGGCCAAAGGAGCCUCAACAGUAAAGAGAGUUGUCAGCCAGGGAUUCUAACAGUAAAACAACUAGUAAUCUUCGAGGUGCUUUCUUUCAGUUUCUUUCUCUUCUCAUCACUUGUGGCACAGGCCAUAAAACUCUCCCUCAAUCUUCUCAGCAGCGAAGAGUUAGCUCACGGUUUCAGUGUUGUUGUCAAUGAAAAAAUCCUUAAAGCAGGAAUGUUGAUGACAGCUAUUUCCUCAGUUAUGGGUUGCUUGUUUCUCAUGAUUUCUAUGUUGAAUGUGAUUGAGAUCAAGACUGGGAUGCUAUUCUGUGGAGCUAAAUCUACUAUUAUAUCGGUUACUUUCCUCAUAGUCCUGGUGGUUUCUGGUCUUCUGGUCUACAUUUCUGCAGCAUGGUAUGCAUUUACCCAUGCACGCGUCCACUUCCAUCGACAGAGGACCGGUCUAUAAUUGUUUUGUCAAGCUUCUGGAGUUCUACCAAGUCCUAUUUUGUUUACUACAUUAUUUUUGAGUAACGGUGUUCUCUGGAUUAGUUUGCGUGUUCCUCAACUAUUCUAGUAGACGCUACCUCCUACAAACAAAGGUACCAAAUAACUAUGACCCAUACCAUGGCAGUAACUCAACUAGAGAUUACAGGAGCUUCAUCCCUAUCUUGUUUUUCAUAUUUGGUCAGGUGACCAAAUCUACGGCUAAGUCACAGACCCUUGUAAGGGAAAUUGUUAUUUCAAGGUUUUUAAUCAUUUGGUUUGAUGGACAGGAAAGUCCACCACUAGAAAAUCA